CUCUGCGCCAUGGCCUCUCGGAUGACACACAUGUGCCAUGCCGCCUAAACUCCGGGUAAACUAUGACAGCCAUCAAAGCACCCAGAGAUGCGUUCAUCGUGUCUGACGAGGAGGCCGAAUUGCGCAAGAAGGGUUACGUACUGGGUGUGACUCUAGGGGAAGGCUCCUACGCCAAGGUGAAAAGUGCCUACAACGAGGCUGAUCAAAAGCGAGUGGCCAUCAAAAUAAUCAAUCGGCGGAGGGCGCCAAAAGACUUUCGGGAAAAGUUUCUUCCGCGGGAACUCCAAGUGAUGAAGGGCUUAAGACAUCCAAAUGUGAUCAAUCUGUACGAAAUAACUGAGUUUCACGGGAAGGUAUACAUCGUGAUGGAGCACGCAGGUCACGGUGAUCUUCUGGAGUACAUCAAACUGAGAGGGGCCAUCCCUGAGGGUCGGGCACAGGAGAUGUUUAAUCAGGUGUUAAUGGCUGUGGAGUACCUCCACGCGAAUAGUAUCGUGCACAGAGAUCUAAAGUGUGAGAACCUGUUGCUGGAUAGCACGAACAACAUCAAAGUUUCCGACUUCGGCUUUGCUCGUUUCUUCAAGCCUGGAGAGUUGAGUAAGACAUUUUGUGGCAGCGCCGCCUAUGCAGCCCCGGAAGUGUUACAGGGCAUAGCUUAUUACAUCCCCUUACAUGACAUCUGGAGCAUGGGCAUCGUACUCUACAUCAUGCUGUGUGCGUCCAUGCCAUACGAUGACUCCAACUUGAAAAAAAUGAUUAAAGAUCAAAAGGAAAGGAAAGUGGGUUUUUCUAAAUCUCGCCGCGUCUCAGAGGAAGCCAAACAUUUGAUCCAUGCUAUUUUGGAAGCCCAAACCUCUAAAAGAGCAACACUCAAGUCAAUCAGGGAACAUCCAUGGCUGUCCCGAUUCGCACAGGUUAAGCCACCGAUUAUAUCCGAGUCCGAGCCUACAACAUCUUUGGCCAGUGUAGCUGACGCUGCCAAAAAGCCGUCCAAGGAACAGCCCGAAGAAAUGGAUUCGGGAAAUAAUUCUUCAGUCGCUAAUGAAGCGGAAACAAACAAAAGUUAUGAAGGGGUUGUUAUCACGGACUUAGUUGAGGAACUGAAGCGGAAAAUGAGCUAAGGCGGCAAUCUGUAUAUCUAAACGCUUGCUAACCAGCUAAGGUGGUAAAAUAAC